GGGGGGGCGGCUCCCCCCUUCACCCCCCCCGCUCAGUCCGCCAGUGCGCCUCUUGGAGACAGGUUGUUGCCAUCAUCAGAGGAGCCACAGGACCAGGAGCUCCUGCUGAUCUGAACCGGUCCGCAUCUCUGGAGCCAGUUGCAUGGACGCACCAUGGCCACGUUCAUCUGCAGGGUCCAGUUCUUAGACGACACCGAUCCGUUCAACAGCACCAACUUCCCAGAGCCGACCAGACCCCCUCUGUACACUUUCAGAGAGGAUAUCCCCCUCAUCAACCAGCUUGCGGGUGUGCACAGGCUGCUGAAAGCUCCGCACAAGCUUGAUGAUUGUGCACUUCAGCUUUCUCACAAUGGAACCUAUCUGGAUCUGGAGUCCUCCCUGGAUGAGCAAAGAGACGAACUGGAAGGCUUUCAGCCAGAUGAGAUGGGGUCCAGAGGGAAGAAGCACAGUGUCAUCCUGCGGACCCAGUUGACUGUUCGAGUGCACGCCUGCAUCGAAAGACUCUACAACUCCAAUGGACGUGACCUGAGGAGGGCGUUGUUCUCCUUAAAGCAGAUAUUUCAGGAUGACAAAGACCUGGUCCAUGAGUUUGUGAUGGCUGAAGGUCUGACAUGUCUUAUCAAGGUGGGAGCUGAGGCCGACCAGAACUACCAGAACUACAUAUUAAGAGCUCUGGGGCAAAUAAUGCUUUAUGUGGACGGGAUGAAUGGAGUCAUUGGCCACCAAGAGACAAUCCAGUGGCUCUACACACUUGUUGGCUCUAAGUUCCGUCUGGUGGUGAAAACCGCUCUGAAGCUGCUGCUGGUGUUUGUGGAGUACUCUGAGUCCAACGCGCCGCUGCUGAUACAGGCCAUCACCUCUGUGGACACGAAGAGAGGCUGUAAACCAUGGUCCUGUGCUAUGGAGAUCUUACAAGAGAAGGAUGGAGUGGACACUGAGCUGCUGGUAUACGCAAUGACCCUCAUUAACAAGACUCUUGCAGCUCUGCCUGAUCAGGACUCCUUCUAUGACACGGUGGACAGUCUGGAGGAACAGGGCAUGGAGACGGUCUCCCAGAGACACCUGAAACGAAAAGGCACUGACCUGGACCUGGUUGAGCAGCUCAACAUCUAUGAGAUGACCCUACAACAUGAAGACGACGACAACAGCCAGCCCCCACCGACGGGGUGCAGGGGCCGUCGACGGUCCAGCCUCGGCAUCACGGACAAACGGCGUGGCCUGGAGAGGCGCCGCAGCCGUCGGGCCUCUCUGGGGCGAUCUGGACACGCCUCUUCCUGCAGUCCUGCAUCCCCGCAGAGAGCUGGCUUCCAGCCUUUUGGCGGACACAGAGCUGAGGACGUGAGCGAGAGAGAGGAGGAAUGUGAGGCUGGCAUGGAGGAGGAGGAGGAGGAGGAGGAGGAGGAGGAGACUCCUGUGACUGAGUCUGACUCAGAUGAGAAGGAGGGGGCUGAUCAGAGCACCUCCAGCCCAGCUCCUACAUCCAUCGUUCACAGGACAACCCUUCAGUCCAUCACCGUCACUUCCAGAAAGCAGAAUUUCAAAGAAGACGAGCGAAGGAGUCUAGCAGAAUCGUCCCCAUCGGAGACCCCCUCCCCCUCGACCCCCGCCUCUCCUCCUCCAUCCUCCCAGAGCUCGCCCUCGCUCCUGGCCACGCUGCUGGCCAGGAAACGUUCCAUGGUCACUGUCCCGGCCACCACGGAAGUCAGCCCGCCCCUGCGCGGCACCUCCCGCCCAUCCUCCGACCGCCUGCCCUACGUGCCCCACUCGCCCUUCCACGUCUUCUCGUACGACCUCGACGAGGAGGCGCCUGCUGCUCAAACCAGACAAGACGAGGAGUCUCCCAAAACGCCACCCGCCAGGAACGGGGGUCCCACGUCCUACUCCUCUGUCAGCACCCCGAGUACGCCCACAAACUCGAGGCCAGCUCUGGGAGGACUCCUGUCCUCGUCUUACCGGCAGCAUCAGGAGUCUCUGGCUGCGGAGAGAGAGCGCCGCCGUGUGGAGAGAGAGGAGCGGCUGCAGAGGAUAGAGAGACAGGAGAGGAACAAGCACAGCCGCGACUAUGUGGAUAAAAUGGAGGAGGCCAGGCUCGCCCGGGAGGAGCGGUAUAAGAACGUGGAGCGUCUGGCGGCGGAGGAGUACGAGCGGGAUCGUGUCCGGGUGUGCAGAACUCGCCCUGACUUUAACCUGCCCUUUGAACCCUCGGAGGCAUGGCCUUCAUCAUCUCGCAGCAGCACUCCAUCCUCCUUUGCAUCCCACGAGGACACCGAAGGCGAUCCUGAAACCGAGACCCCUGUCACAGCCUACGCACCCUCUGAGAAUGGUGAAGCUGACGACUCCAGUGGCAGUGUAGAGGCAGAGGAGAAAGAGACAGAAGCUGCUGAGGAAAAAGUGGAAGAGCAGAAAGUAGAGGAAAGCGAGGAGGUUCAGGAGGAAGAGGCAGCAGACGAGGAGAAGCAAGCCGAGGAGCCCGAGCAGGAAGCAGGGGCACAGCCAGAGGAGGGAGCAGAGGACGACAGCAGCAUCCUCAGUGACAAGGAGCGACAGAAUGAGGAGGUGAACGAGAAGGACAACUGCUCGGCCUCCAGCAUCUCAUCCGCCAGCAGCACUCUGGAAAGAGAGGAGAGAAGCAGCGCUGAGAAUGGCUUCAAGGAGGCGGAGGUGAAUGAAAACUGCAACAAACUUCUGGACAGCAAACUCUUCAUGCUGGACAUGCUGUACUCUCAGAGCACAAAGCCAAGUGCUGAGGGGGAGGACGAGGAAGAGGGGGAGAAGGAGAAAGAGAAGGGCGAGGGAGAGGACAGGGAGACACAUCAGGACACUGAUGGACAACACAGCGACGGCCAGCCGAGCGACAACAGGGACGACAAGUCCGAGCACCGGAGGGGCAUCCGCCCAUUGGCCGAGCGCUUCGGGGACUUGGUCAAGGACCUCGGCGUGCUCCACCCUCACCUGGAUGUCCCAGCUGCUGUCGAGCCCCCUCCUCCUCCCCCACCGCCACCGCCGCCACCCAAAAAGGAGUCAGACACCAUCUGGGACCAGCUCCUGGCCAGCCCCCGGGAGCUGCGCAUCAGGGACAUCAACUUCACCGACCUGACGGACGACGAUGACAAGGACAUCCUGGACGCCGUGCUGAUGGGAGGGUGCGGCGACCUCCCGCCUCCGCCACCUCCUCCGCCUUUCGUGCCACGCUUCCCCCCACCCCCGCCCAUGCUGGGCGGCUGUCCCCCGCCCCCUCCGUUAAUCGGCAUCAUGAGGCCACCGCCCCCUCCCACUUUUAGCUCUCCGGCUCCGGCGCCCCCUCCCUCGGAGCCGCCUCUUUUUAACAAAAAGAAGAAAACCAUCAGGCUCUUCUGGAGCGAGGUUCGGCCGUCAGACUCUCAGUACAGGGACUACAAGUGGAGCGGAGACUCGUUCUGGUCCAAAGUGGAUCCUGUAAAGCUUGAUACAGGCAAAUUAGAACACCUGUUUGAGACCAAGUCGAAGGAAAUAUCUGUCACAAAGAAAACAGCAGCAGAUGGCAAACGUCAGGAAAUCAUUAUUUUAGAUUCCAAGAGAAGCAACGCCAUCAACAUAGGCCUCACAGUCCUACCUCCACCUCGUACCAUUAAGACCGCCAUCCUUAACUUUGAUGAGUACGCUCUCAACAAGGAGGGCAUCGAGAAACUCCUGACGAUGAUUCCGACAGAGGAGGAGAAACAGAAGAUUCAGGAGGCCCAGAUGGCCAACCCAGACGUUCCGCUGGGUUCUGCAGAACAGUUUCUCCUCACGCUGUCCUCCAUCAGUGAGCUCUCUGCCAGACUCCAGCUCUGGGCCUUCAAGAUGGACUACGAAGUGACAGAGAAGGAAGUUGCAGAGCCACUGCAGGAUCUGAAGGAGGGCAUGGAGCAGCUGGUAAAAAACAAAACUCUACGAUACAUCCUCUCCACGCUGCUCUCCAUUGGGAAUUUCCUCAAUGGCACCAAUGCCAAAGGCUUCGAGCUGACUUAUUUGGAGAAGGUUCCGGAGGUGAAGGACACGGUUCACAAGCAGUCUCUGCUCCAUCACGCCUGCUCCGCCGUGGUGGAAAACUUCCCAGAGAGCACGGACCUCUACUCUGAGAUUGGAGCCAUCACGCGUUCUGCAAAG